CCAGAAAAGCCGGACUGUAAUUGCUUGCAAUCACUCGGCACAAAUUGUCUGCGCGUAUUUGCUUUUUAAUUUUGUAUAAUCUGGUCCAUUUCGCUCUCUCUGCCUUUGAGUUUAACCUCUCUCUUUCUCUCCCUCCUUUUCUCUCUUGCAUGCCUUCCCUUUCUCUCUUGCUUUAAUUCUUCAAUGCUGCUAAAAAAAUUAUUACUAAUUCACAAUGAUAUUUGAUGGCUUGUACUAAGGAAAGGCACUUAGAAAAAAAAAAAAGAGACUGAGCGGACAUGUGCUGCAACUGGCAUUGAUCUGGAGAGUUUGUACCAACAACUUCUGGUCUGAAUAGGAACCAUCUCCCCUGCUCCACUCGCUGGCACUGAAUCUUGUGACAUCAGCUCCGCAUUUCCAUACUGAGGUAGGAUAAGCUUGCCAAGGAGGAAAGGAAUUUGGACAGACUUAACAUACAGCCUGUGCAGCUUCCACUAGCUGGACACUAAAAUGAAGAGAGAGUUUAUUCAUUCCCAUCCCAACACGGCCCACCAGAAUUAAAAGACAUUUUAACCUACAAGAGAGAGUGGGUCAAACACUAAUCCACCCCAACCCAUCUACAUAAAGAAGCCCAUUUGAUUCCACUGGCUAUCAAGUCUCCACGUUUCUGUGUUGGAUGUGAAGAGUAAAGAAAGAGUCUGGCAGAAAUUAGAAGGCAUUCAAGUCACCGUAAGAGACAACAUCAGACAUAAGGCUGAGGACUGGCACAGAGAACAUACAUUAGGGGAGGAAAAAAAAAAACCCACCCCACAACCUCAGUUAUUUCAACAAAUACCAGAAGUGGAUUGAGAGUGGAUGAAGAGGAGGAGGAGGCAAUAGUGAACACACAACACAGUUCAAGCUGGCAAGGAGCCCUUUCUUGAAGAAUAUCUGAGUCCGGGCGCUUCCUGCUCCGGCGACCGCCAGCCCCGCCGCCCGCUCCGCGCCGCUCCGCUCCGCGCCGCUCCGCCCCGACCCGACCGCCGCCGCCGCUGCUGCUGCUGCCGCCGCCCGCGGCCCCCUCUCUCCGGGGGGCUGCAAACUCCCCGACAACGAUGCUGCUGCUGGGCAGCGGCGGCGGCGGCGGCGGCUCCCGCUCGGCUCCGGCUGCUGCCCCCGGCUCCCGCUGCUGCUGCCCCGGGCCCCUCCGCGGAGCGCGCUCCUGCCGCCGCAGCCGCCGCAGCCUGCAUGGGAUCUGUAGCCCCCGCGCCGCCGCCCGGGAUUAAAAGCGCCGCCGCCGCCGCCGCCGCCGGAGCAGCGACCGCGUCCGAGCCGUACCGGGUGCAAUGAGCGCUCCGUGCCGGCCCUGCCAUGGAAGGCUGUGACUCGCCCGUCAUCCCUGGGAAGGACAAUGGGUGCGGCAUCCCUCAGCACCAGCAAUGGACUGAUCUCAACAGCGCCCACCUCCCCGACACGGCCGGCAGCAUGGAGCAGCCCGCGGCGGAGAGCCGCGGCCCCCUGGACAGCCUGAGGGUCCCUUUCCCCGAGCGCGUCCCCGAGAGCAGUGCCGCGGCCGGCCCCGGCGCCGAGCCCGCCGGCAAGGAGGUGAGCUGCGGCCAGUGCGCCGUCUCCUUCGCCGGCCUGCAGAGCUACAUGGAGCACCGCUGCGCCGGCGCCCGCCCGCCCCCGCCGCUGAGGGGGGAGAGCGGGAGCGAGAGCAGCGAGGACGGGGAGGAGGAGAGCGACGUGGAGAACCUGGCCGGCGAGAUCGUCUACCAGCCGGACGGCUCGGCCUACAUCGUGGAGAGCCUCAGCCAGCUGGUGCAGAGCGGAGGCGCCUGCGGCAGCGGCAGCGGGGCUCUCUCCUCGCUGCUCCCGAACUCUCUGCCCAAGCAGGGAGAGCCCUCCGCCGCCGCUCCCGUCUACCCACAGAUCAUCAACACCUUCCACAUAGCCUCAUCCUUCGGGAAGUGGUUUGAGGGCUCAGACCAGGCCUUCCCGAAUACCUCAGCCCUGGCGGGCAUCAGCCCCGUCCUGCACAGCUUCCGCGUCUUCGAUGUGCGACACAAAAGCAACAAGGAUUACCUGAACAGCGACGGUUCUGCCAAAAGCUCCUGCGUAUCCAAAGAUGUUCCCAACAAUGUGGACCUGUCCAAAUUCGAUGGCUUUGUGCUCUACGGGAAGAGGAAGCCCAUCCUGAUGUGUUUCUUGUGCAAGCUCUCCUUUGGGUAUGUCCGCUCGUUCGUGACCCACGCGGUGCACGACCACCGAAUGACUCUGAGUGAGGAGGAGCGGAAAAUUCUUAGCAAUAAGAACAUCUCCGCUAUCAUCCAAGGGAUAGGCAAAGACAAGGAACCCCUUGUCAGCUUUCUGGAACCAAAAAACAAAACCUUUCAGCACCCUCUCGUUUCUGCAGCUAACCUCAUAGGCCCUGGACACAGUUUUUAUGGUAAAUUCAGUGGCAUUUGCAUGGAAGGCGAGCAGGCCCUCCAGGCCGGGGCGGCCGGCGGAGCGGAGCCACCGCCGGCGGGCGUCCUGGCCCCUGGCACGCUCCUCAACCUGGGCGGGCUGACCAGCUCGGCUCUGAAGACUCCCAUUACCUCAGUCCCCCUGGGCCCGCUGGCUUCCAGUCCCACCAAAUCCUCAGAGGGGAAGGACCCUGGGGUGGCAGAGGGGGAGAAGCAAGAGGGGGGUGACCAGGACAGCCUCUCGGAAAAGGCAGAGCCGGUCGAGGAGGUGGAGGAGGAGGAGGAGGAGGAUGUGGAGGAGGAGGAGGAGGAAGAGGAGGAGGAGGAAGAGGAAGAAGAUGAGGACGAUGAGGGUUGCAAAGGACUGUUUCCGAGCGAGUUGGAGGACGAACUGGAGGACCGGCCCCAGGAGGACGCUGGGGCUGUGGCAGGCGGCGGCAGCAGCAAAAAGGACCUUGCUCUCUCAAACCAAAGCAUUUCUAACUCUCCCUUAAUGCCUAACGUGCUCCAGACCCUGUCGCGGGGCACAGCUUCUACUAGUUCUAAUUCUGCUUCUUCCUUUGUCUUUGAUGGUGCAAACAGGAGGAAUCACUUAAGCUUUAACAAUGAGGGCGGCGGAGCCAGCGUGGCAGAGGGCAGCAGGAGGCUGGACUUUAUCGAUGAAAGUGCCAAUAAAGACAAUGCCACAGCACCAGAACCAAAUGAGAGCGCGGAGGGUGAGGACGGGAGCUACAUCUCCCAUCACCAGCAUGCUGGCCCCCUCUGUGAACUUGGGGGUGGGGAGUGCCCCUCGGGGAGCGGCGUGGAGUGCCCAAAGUGCGACACGGUCCUGGGCUCCUCGCGGUCGCUGGGUGGCCACAUGACUAUGAUGCAUUCUCGCAACUCAUGUAAGACACUCAAGUGUCCCAAGUGCAAUUGGCACUACAAGUACCAGCAGACACUUGAGGCGCACAUGAAGGAGAAACAUCCCGAGCCGGGGGGCUCCUGCGUCUACUGCAAAAGUGGACAGCCACACCCGCGGCUGGCACGGGGUGAGAGCUACACCUGUGGUUACAAGCCCUUCCGCUGCGAGGUCUGUAACUACUCCACUACUACCAAAGGCAACCUCAGUAUUCAUAUGCAGUCCGACAAGCAUCUCAACAACAUGCAAAACCUGCAGAACGGAGGGGGAGAGCAAGUCUUCAGCCACACCGCUGGGGCGGCGGCAGCAGCCGCGGCAGCCGCGGCGGCCGCGGCAGCCAACAUUGGUAGCACCUGUGGGGCCCCCUCCCCCACCAAACCAAAAACCAAACCUACGUGGCGGUGCGAGGUGUGCGACUAUGAGACCAACGUAGCUAGAAACCUUCGUAUUCACAUGACCAGUGAGAAGCACAUGCACAAUAUGAUGCUGCUUCAGCAAAAUAUGUCCCAAAUCCAACACAACCGGCACCUGGGCCUCGGCAGCCUGCCGUCCCCCGCCGAGGCCGAGCUCUACCAGUACUACCUGGCACAGAACAUGAACCUUCCCAACUUGAAGAUGGACAGCACUUCCUCAGAUGCACAGUUCAUGAUGGGUGGAUUCCAGCUAGAUCCCACCAAUCCCAUGGCAACAAUGGCUCCAUCUCUAGUGGGUGGAGAGAUCCCCCUGGACAUGCGGUUAGGUGGUGGACAGCUGGUGUCUGAGGAGCUAAUGAACUUGGGUGAGAGUUUCACACAAACAAAUGACCCAUCACUGAAGCUCUUCCAGUGUGCUGUGUGCAACAAGUUCACUACAGAUAAUUUGGACAUGCUGGGCCUCCACAUGAAUGUGGAGCGUAGCCUCCCUGAAGACGAGUGGAAGGCAGUGAUGGGGGACUCGUACCAGUGCAAGUUGUGCCGCUACAACACGCAGCUCAAGGCAAACUUCCAACUCCACUGUAAGACGGACAAGCAUGUGCAGAAAUACCAGCUGGUAGCACAUAUCAAGGAGGGUGGCAAGGCCAAUGAGUGGAGGCUGAAGUGUGUGGCCAUUGGGAAUCCGGUACAUCUGAAAUGCAAUGCUUGUGACUACUACACCAACAGUCUAGAGAAGCUGCGUCUUCACACAGUGAACUCGAGGCAUGAGGCCAGCCUGAAGCUCUAUAAGCACCUUCAGCAUCACGAGAGCGGGGUUGAGGGUGAAAGCUGCUAUUAUCACUGUGUCCUCUGUAACUACUCCACCAAGGCCAAGCUGAACCUUAUCCAGCACGUGCGCUCCAUGAAACACCAGCGGAGUGAAAGCCUGCGUAAGCUGCAGCGCCUCCAGAAAGGUCUGCCUGAAGAAGAGGAAGACCUGGGACAGAUCUUCACCAUCCGCAAGUGUCCAGCUGCUGAGGCUGAAGAAUCCAUUGAAGAUGUGGAAGGGCCCAAUGAAACAGCCGGUGAUGCUGAAGAGCCUGCCAAGGAGCAAGAGAGCGGAGGGGACAAGGACCAGAGUAAAUGGACAGCACCAGCCAGCCAGGCAGAGAAGGAGCUGACAGAGCCUCCAGCAUCUUCUAAACGAAUAUCGUUUCCCAGCAGCUCUGAGUCGCCUCUCUCCUUUAAGUGGUCAAAAACUUCAGAGGAGACCAAAUCAGAGCAGAUGUAUCAGUGUCCAUACUGCAAGUACAGUAACACAGACGUGAAUCGGCUGCGGGUGCACGCGAUGACCCAGCACUCAGUGCAGCCCAUGCUCCGCUGCCCGCUCUGCCAGGACAUGCUGAACAACAAGAUCCAUUUGCAGCUGCACCUCACCCAUCUGCACAGUGUGUCACCUGACUGUGUCGAGAAACUCAUCAUGACGGUGACAACACCUGAGGUGAUGAUGCCCAGCAGCAUGUUUCUCCCGGCAGCCACUCCAGAGAAAGACGGGAACUCCACCGCAGAGGAGCUGGGGAAGCAGCCUGAGAUCUCUGAGGACUCGGGAAAGAGUCUUUUGCCAUCAGAAAGUGCAGAGCACAGCGGAGAUCCCAAGCCUGUUCCGGCCGAUCAGAGCUCUGCCAGGGAGGACUCCGGCUUCCUCUGCUGGAAGAAGGGCUGCAACCAGGUGUUCAAGAGCUCAGCAGCCCUGCAGACACACUUCAAUGAAGUUCACGCAAAGCGGCCUCAACUGCCAGUAUCCGAUCGCCACGUCUACAAGUACCGUUGUAACCAGUGCAGCCUGGCGUUCAAAACCAUUGAGAAGCUGCAGCUCCAUUCCCAGUACCACGUCAUCCGGGCAGCCACGAUGUGCUGCCUCUGCCAGCGCAGCUUCCGAACCUUCCAGGCCCUGAAGAAGCACCUGGAAACCAGCCAUCUGGAGCUGAGCGAGGCCGACAUUCAGCAGCUGUAUGGUGGUCUCUUGGUCAACGGGGACCUCCUCGCUAUGGGCGAUCCUUCACUUGCAGAAGACCACACUAUAAUAGUCGAGGAAGAUAAGGAGGAGGAGAGCGACUUGGAAGAUAAGCAGAGCCCAACAGGUAGCGAUUCAGGGUCGGUACAAGAGGACUCUGGCUCAGAACCGAAAAGGGCCUUACCCUUCAGGAAAGGCCCUAACUUCACUAUGGAGAAGUUCCUAGAUCCGUCUCGCCCUUACAAGUGCACAGUCUGCAAGGAGUCUUUCACGCAAAAGAACAUUCUCCUGGUCCAUUACAAUUCAGUUUCUCAUCUGCAUAAACUGAAAAGAGCCCUCCAGGAGUCUGCUACUGGGCAGCCCGAACCUACCAGCAGCCCAGACAACAAACCUUUUAAGUGUAACACCUGCAACGUGGCCUACAGUCAAAGCUCAACCUUGGAGAUCCACAUGAGGUCUGUCCUGCACCAAACCAAGGCUCGCGCUGCCAAGCUGGAGGCGGCUGGGGGCAGCGGCAGUAGUAAUGGAGCUGGCAACAGCAGCAGCAGCAGUCUCUCUCUGGGUUCAUCCACGCCAAGUCCAGUGAGCGCUAGCAACAGUAACACUUUUACAACCACCAACACAAGUAAUUCGGGCACAACUCCCAUUCCCAGCCUGCUCAACCAGGUAUCCAGCGACAACGUGGGAAUUCCUCCUUUAGGUAACCCUGUAAGCACUAAUAUCUCCUCCCCUUCGGAGCCCAAAGAGGUAAACCGAAAGAAGCUGGCAGACAUGAUUGCAUCCAGGCAGCAGCAACAGCAGCAACAGCAGCAGCAGCAGCAGCAGCAACAAGCUCAAACCUUGGCACAGGCCCAGGCCCAAGUCCAGGCCCAUCUGCAACAAGAACUGCAGCAGCAAGCUGCUCUCCUGCAGUCUCAGCUGUUCAAUCCAGCACUUUUGCCGCACUUUCCGAUGACCACUGAGACCCUUCUGCAGCUUCAGCAACAGCAGCAUCUUUUGUUUCCUUUCUACAUCCCCAGUGCUGAGUUCCAGCUCAAUCCAGAAGUUAGUUUGCCUGUCACCAGUGGUGCGCUGACAUUGACUGGUACAGGUCCAAGUUUGCUGGAGGACCUGAAGGCUCAAGUUCAGCUCCCUCAGCAGAGCCAUCCACAGCUCUUACAGCAGCAGCAAGGUCAGCUGUCCUUGUCACAACCUCACUCCGUCCUUAUACAGCAAAGCCAGCACCCUGAGAAGAAGAAUAAAUCAGUAGUGAAGGAGAAAGAAAAAGAAACCCCACGGGAAAGGGAAAGUGCAGAGAGGGGAGACAAUAAUGUAGCAUCUAAGGAGUCUCUGCCUGAUAACUUAAAGCCCAAAGAGAAGAAGGACUUUGUACCAGGCAGUAGUUCAGAACCCUCCUUACUGCCUCCGCGUAUUGCCUCUGAUGCAAGAGGGAAUGCCACAAAAGCCUUGCUGGAAAACUUUGGCUUUGAGCUUGUCAUUCAGUACAACGAGAACAAGCAGAAGGUGCAGAAGAAAAAUGGGAAGACAGAGCAAGGUGAGAACUUGGAAAAGCUUGAAUGUGAUACAUGCGGCAAGUUCUUUUCGAACAUCCUCAUCCUGAAGAGCCACCAAGAGCAUGUUCACCAACAUUACUUUCCCUUUAAGCAGUUAGAGAGAUUUGCCAAACAAUAUAGAGAACACUAUGACAAACUGUACCCGCUACGGCCUCAGACCCCAGAGCCACCACCACCACCUCCACCGCCCCCACCUCCGCUCCCUCCAGCACCUCCUCAGCCAGCUUCUACUCCUACCAUUCCUACUUCUGCCCCACCGAUUACCUCUCCUACAAUCGCACCAGCCCAGCCAUCUGUGCCACUCACCCAGCUGUCCAUGCCAAUGGAGCUCCCCAUCUUUUCACCACUUAUGAUGCAAACCAUGCCACUACAAACGUUACCUGCUCAGCUGCCACCCCAGCUGGGUCCCGUAGACCCUCUGCCUGCCGACUUGGCCCAGUUGUACCAGCAUCAGCUCAACCCUAGCCUUCUCCAGCAGCAGCAGAACAAGAGGCCACGGACACGGAUCACCGACGACCAACUCAGAGUCCUUCGGCAGUAUUUUGAUAUUAACAAUUCCCCAAGUGAGGAACAGAUCAAAGAGAUGGCGGACAAAUCUGGACUGCCUCAGAAAGUGAUCAAGCACUGGUUCAGAAACACUCUUUUCAAAGAACGCCAGCGCAACAAGGAUUCCCCAUACAACUUCAGUAAUCCUCCCAUUACCAGCCUGGAAGAACUGAAGAUAGACUCACGUCCUCCUUCUCCAGAACCUCAAAAGCAGGAGUACUGGGGAAGCAAGCGGUCCUCCCGGACACGCUUUACUGACUACCAACUCAGAGUCCUGCAGGAUUUCUUUGAUGCCAAUGCUUAUCCAAAGGAUGAUGAAUUUGAGCAGCUUUCAAACUUGCUGAACCUCCCAACGCGUGUUAUAGUGGUGUGGUUCCAGAAUGCCCGUCAAAAAGCUAGGAAAAACUAUGAGAAUCAGGGAGAAGGCAAAGAUGGGGAACGGCGGGAGCUUACAAAUGACAGGUAUAUUAGAACAAGCAACUUGAACUACCAAUGCAAAAAGUGCAGUCUAGUCUUUCAGCGCAUUUUUGAUCUCAUUAAACACCAGAAAAAGCUUUGUUACAAAGAUGAGGAUGAGGAUGGACAGGAUGAUAGCCAGAAUGAAGACUCUAUGGAUGCAAUGGAGCUCUUGACUCCAACCAGUUCCUCCUGCAGCACACCAAUGCCCUCACAAGCUUACAGCACACCUACGUCUUCAGCCAACGCAACCUCCUCAGCUUUUCUGCAGCUCACAGCAGAGGCAGAUGAUUCCUCCACCUAUAGUUCUAAAGUAGAAGCUACAGAUGAAAAACCAAAGCAGUCCGAACCUCCAAGUACACAGCAAAACCAAACUCAAGAGAAGCAAGUGCAACCAAAGCAAGAGUCUCAGCAGCAACAGGACCAAGGAGAACAAAAGUCAAGUUCAGCACACCAAAAGAUUACACAGUUAUCCUCCCCCUCCUCAUUGCAGCAGCCACCUCCCCCUCCUCAGCCCCCUCAGUGCUCCUUGUCACAGUCAAGCCCAAGUCCGUCUCAGCUCUCGCAUCUCUCCCUCAAACCCAUUCACACAUCCACCCCUCAACAGCUGGCAAACCUACCUCCUCAGCUAAUCCCAUACCAGUGUGACCAGUGUAAGCUGGCAUUUCCUUCCUUUGAGCAUUGGCAGGAGCAUCAGCAGCUUCAUUUUCUGAGUGCACAGAACCAGUUUAUCCACCCCCCGUUCCUGGACAGAACGCUGGAUAUGCCGUUCAUGCUUUUUGAUCCCAGUAAUCCACUACUUGCGAGCCAGCUGCUAUCUGGAACAUUACCACAGAUUCCAGCAAGCUCAGCCACUUCACCGUCAACUCCAACAUCCACAAUGAAUACACUGAAGAGAAAGCUGGAGGAAAAGGCCAGUGCAAGCCCUGGAGAAAAUGACAGUGGGACUGGAGGAGAGGAACCGCAAAGGGAUAAACGCCUAAGGACAACCAUUACCCCAGAGCAGCUGGAAAUUCUUUAUCAGAAAUACUUGCUCGACUCCAACCCAACACGGAAAAUGUUGGAUCACAUUGCACAUGAAGUGGGCUUGAAGAAACGCGUGGUGCAAGUUUGGUUUCAGAACACCCGUGCACGGGAAAGGAAGGGGCAGUUCAGAGCUGUAGGGCCUGCCCAAGCCCAUAGACGGUGUCCCUUCUGCCGAGCUCUUUUUAAAGCAAAGACAGCUCUUGAAGCUCAUAUCCGAUCCCGUCACUGGCAUGAGGCCAAGAGAGCUGGAUACAACUUGACACUGUCUGCUAUGCUCUUAGAUUGUGAUGGGGGACUCCAAAUGAAGGGAGACAUCUUUGAUGGAGCAAGCUUUUCCCACAUGCCACCAACUAGCAGUGAUGGUCAGAGUGUUCCUCUCUCCCCAGUGAACAAGAGCAUGGAACUGUCACCUCGAACUCUGCUGAGUCCAUCCUCCAUUAAGGUGGAAGGGAUAGAAGACUUCGAGAGUCCCUCCAUGUCCUCGGUCAAUCUGAGCUUUGACCAAACAAAGCUGGACAACGAUGACUGCUCUUCUGUCAACACUGCAAUCACAGACACUACAACAGGAGAUGAAGGAAAUGCAGACAACGACAGUGCAACAGGGAUUGUAACCGAAACCAAAUCAGCAUCAGGACCCAGUGAAGGUCUGACAAAAGCUGCCAUGAUAGCAAUGUCUGAAUAUGAAGAUCGUCUGUCUUCUGGCCUGGUCAGCCCAGCUCCCAGCUAUUACAGCAAAGAGUACGAUAAUGAAGGUACUGUGGACUAUAGCGAAACAUCCAGCCUUGCAGACCCCUGCUCACCCAGCCCUGGUGCAAGUGGUUCAGCCAGCAAGUCUGGGGAGAGCGGGGAUCGGCCCGGACAGAAACGCUUUCGCACUCAGAUGACUAAUCUCCAGCUAAAAGUUCUUAAGUCAUGCUUUAAUGACUACAGGACACCUACCAUGCUGGAGUGUGAGGUCCUGGGCAAUGACAUUGGACUGCCAAAGAGAGUUGUUCAGGUCUGGUUCCAGAAUGCUAGGGCAAAGGAGAAGAAGUCCAAACUCAGCAUGGCCAAGCAUUUUGGUAUAAACCAAACAAGUUACGAGGGACCCAAAACAGAGUGCACUUUGUGUGGCAUCAAGUACAGCGCUCGACUGUCUGUACGUGACCAUAUCUUCUCUCAACAGCAUAUCUCCAAAGUUAAAGAAACCAUUGGAAGCCAGUUGGAUAAGGAAAAGGAGUAUUUUGACCCAGCUACUGUACGUCAGUUGAUGGCUCAGCAGGAGCUGGACCGGAUCAAAAAAGCCAAUGAGGUUCUUGGUCUGGCAGCUCAACAGCAGGGCAUGUUUGAUAACACCCCUCUGCAAGCUCUUAACCUUCCUGCUGCAUACCCAGCACUACAGGGCAUCCCUCCAGUCUUGCUCCCAGGCCUCAACAGCCCAUCCUUACCAGGCUUCACCCCAUCCAACACAGCUUUAACUUCUCCCAAACCCAACCUGAUGGGCCUGCCCAGCACAAGCGUCCCUUCGCCCGGCCUCCCCACCUCUGGAUUACCAAAUAAGCAGCCCCCGGCCGCGCUGAGCUCGCCCACCCCGGCACAAGCCACGGCGGCCGUGGCCCCGCAGCAGCCGCCGGCGACGACCCCGCAGCCGCAGCCGCAGCAGCCGCCCCCGCCGCAGCGCAAGGAGAAGGAGAGCGAGAAGGCAAAAGAGAAGGAGAAGGCACCCAAGGGGAAGGGGGACCCACUGCCAGGGCCCAAGAAGGAGAAGGGGGAGGCGUCGGCGGGCGCCCUCUCGGCCCCGCUGCCCGCCAUGGAGUACGCGGUGGAGCCCGCCCAGCUGCAGGCGCUGCAGGCCGCCCUGAAUUCAGACCCCACCACCUUGCUGACGAGCCAGUUCCUUCCCUACUUCGUCCCCGGCUUUUCCCCCUACUACGCCCCGCAGAUCCCCGGCGCCCUGCAGAGCGGGUACCUGCAGCCCAUGUACGGGAUGGAGGGGCUCUUCCCCUACAGCCCCGCGCUGUCGCAGGCGCUGCUGGGGCUGUCCCCCGGCUCCCUGCUGCAGCAGUACCAGCAAUACCAGCAGAGUCUGCAGGAGGCAUUGCAGCAGCAGCAGCGGCAGGCGCAGCAGCAGCAGCAGCAGCAGCAGCAGCAGCAGCAGAAAGCGCAGCAGCCCAAAGGAAGCCAAACCCCCGUCCCCGCGGGGGCUGCCACCCCGGACAAAGACCCUGCCAAAGAACCCCCCAAGCAAGAAGAGCAGAAGAACGCACCCCGCGAGGUGUCCCCCCUCCUGCCCAAACCCCAAGAAGAGCCCGAAGCGGAAGGCAAGGGCGCGGACUCCCUCUGCGACCCCUUCAUCGUCCCGAAGGUGCAGUACAAGCUGGUCUGCCGCAAGUGCCAGGCGGGCUUCGGCGACCAGGAGGCGGCCAGCGACCACCUGAAGUCCCUCUGCUUCUUCGGCCAGUCCGUGGCGAACCUGCAAGAGAUGGUGCUUCACGUGCCCACCGGCAGCGGCCAGGGCAGCGGCUCGUACCAGUGCGUGGCGUGCGAGAGCACGGUGUGUGGGGACGAAGCCCUCAGUCAGCAUCUCGAGUCAGCCCCGCACAAACACCGAACAAUCACAAGAGCAGCAAGAAACGCCAAAGAGCACCCCAGUCUAUUACCUCACUCUGCCUGCCCCCCCGACCCCAGCACCGCAUCUACCUCGCAGUCGGCCGCUCACUCAAACGACAGCCCCCCGCCCCCCCGGCCCCCCCCGGCUUCCCCCCACGCCUCCAGAAAGCCCUGGCCCCCGGCGGCCCCCCGCGCCCCGCCGGGGAAGCCGCCGCCGCCGCCUUUCCCUCCUCUCUCCUCAUCUUCAACGGUUACCUCAAGUUCAUGCAGCACCUCAGGGGUUCAGCCCUCGAUGCCAACAGACGACUAUUCGGAGGAGUCUGACACGGAUCUUAGCCAAAAGUCAGAUGGACCGGCGAGCCCGGCGGAGGGGCCCCGGGACCCCGGCUGCCCUAAGGACAGUGGUCUAGCUAGCGUAGGAAUGGACACCUUCAGAUUGUAAGCUUUGAAGAUGAACAAUGAAAAUGAAUUUAAAUAAAAAAGUUAAUAACAAACCAAUUUCAAAAAUAGACUAACUGCAAUUCCAAAGCUUCUAACCAAAAAAAGAAAAAAGAAAAAAGAAAAAGCGUGGGUUGUUUUCCCAUAUAACGAUGCCGGUGGGUUUUACAUUUCUUUUUUCCUUUCCUUUUAAUAAAAUAAAACUUAAAAAAGAAAAAAAAAAUCUGUUACAUUUGUCCUUUCGAAGGUACUGUUGGUCUGGGAGACGAAAGCCCGUGCUGCCUCCUUACUGUCUUCGGAGCUUGAGCCCCUUGUAUAUUGCCCCUUUUCAAUAACGCCCCACGUCGAUAGCACAGCAGAGGCCGGCAUGCACUGUAUGGGAAAGCAGCCCACCUUGUUACAGUUUUAAAUUUCUUGCUAUCUUAGCAUUCAGAUACCAAUGGCUUGCUAAAAAGAAAAAAGAAAUGUAAUGUCUUUUUAUUCUCAGGUCAAUCGCUCACACUUUGUUCUGUUUUCAGAAUCAUUGUUUUAUAUAUAUAUAUAUAUAAUUUCUUUCGUUUGUUUUGGGGUUUUUGUUUUGUUUUGUUUCGUUUUCGUUCCAGAAAAGGAUUUUUUUUCUUUUUCUUUUUUUUUUUUUUUGUUAAUUUAAAAUGGGCAGAAAGUAUUCAAGAGAAAAACAAUGUGAACUGCUUUAGCUUUUCGGGGAUUUUAAGGGUAGCUUUUCUGCUGAAGCCAAUUUCAAGGGGAAAAGUUAAGCACUCCCACUUUUCAGAAAAAAAAAAAAAACCCACACAAAGAGUGUUGAGGACUCGGAGCUUAAAAAAUAAGUUUUAAAACAACUGACUUUCUGUAUUUAUGAUAGAUAUGACCAUUUUUGGUGUUGAGUAGAUUGUUGCAUUGGAAAUGAACUGAAGCAGUAUGGUAGAUUUAAAAGAAAAAACCCUUUUGUGUACAUUUAGCUUUUGUAUGGUCCAGCUGACGGCUUCUCAUUUGAUGUUGUCUUGUUCAUUCCUAGCCAGAUAGAUUGCAAUCCAUUGACUCGCCUAAGCUUUUCUCCCCUUUGUACCUUUACUCCCCAUUCCCCCAUCCUGUAAUCUUCCACUUAUGGUCGCUACCUUCAUUUCUUAGAGGGUGGUUGCAUAAUUAUUUUAUAAAAACUAAAGAAAGAAGUUCAAAGGGUUUUGGGGGGUCAGUAGGAUCCCUUGCAGAAUAUUUUUUGUUGGGGGUUUGAAACUUUUUAAGGCGUAUACAUACGAUUUACCUAUGUCUGUUACCCUUGUGCACUUAUCUCUUAUUUUCCAUUUUUCCUUUUUUUUUUCUUUUUCUUCCCCUCUUCUUUUCCUCAUUUUGUAAAUGCUUCAAAGACUCUGUUCCUGAACUAUAAGCAUUUGUUUCUGUUUGUGUAAUUAGGCUGCACUCUGUUCCUUCUUUUAAAAAAAGUUUUUGUUACAUUUUUUUUCUCUAAAGAAAAUUCAUGCUUUAAAUAAAAUCCAAAGACAUACCCUUUCACCACUGGUGCAGAAUGAGCAAAAAGGAUUCUUUUUACUUGAGAAUUUGUUUCUGAUUUAAACAAACAAGUCUAAGUUUAAAUAAAGAAUAAAAAAAGUA